GAUCUACAUGAGCUAGGCUCACGAAUAGGAGGCUCUCGCUUAUCCCGUAUCACUGGCGGACUCGGUGGAGAAGAUGAUGAUGUUUUAGAUGACUUCUAUGAUAACGGACGAUGCAAAUGGAUCCCACUAGCCAUUCGUAACGCAUUUUCCGAAAUGAUUGAUUUGGAACUGCUGAAAGACUCUGUGAUGAUGCUACUUUGUAUUUCAAAUCUGCUUGGAAUGAUGGGAUUCUACAUCCCUUUCGUGUUCCUUAAAGAUUUGGCUCACUCGCACGGAACCGAACCCAGCGAUAGAAGGGUUUUCUUUGGAUGGUUAGCAGACAGAGGAUACGUCUCAGCCUUAGCUAUCAACAAUUUUUCGCUAUUAGCUUGUGGUGUACUCACAUUUAUUGCUCCGCUUUUGCCUUCAUUCACUCUUCAAAUGGCCUAUGCAGCAUUGUUUGGCUUUAUUAUUUGGCUUGAAAAACUGACUAAUUCCUUCGGUCUUCUUGUUGUGGCAAGAGGUAUUGCAUCAUUAGCUGGGUCUCCAUUUGCUGGUCUUGUAUACGAUGUUACUCAAUCAUACUCAGCUACAUUUUACUUUGCUGGAUUUGUGAUUAUUGUUUCCGGACUAAUUUCUUGUGCAAUUCCGCUCGUGCAUAAAUGGAAGCGAAGCCAUGGAGAUAAUGAAGAGAUUGAAGAGGAGAAGCGAAGACUUAAGAGUGUUGACAAAGAAAAUAAAAGAAAUGGGACUGUUGAAGAAGUGAACGAAGAAGACGGUGGAGAUGAGGAAGCUCAAAAAGCAAAACUAGAAAAAGCUGAGAAUUAG